AUGAUGAAGUCCUUAGCGCUCGCCAGUGUGCUUCUUGCGCACAGGGCAGCCGCUGUUCAUCUAUCUGGCGGUGUUCAGAUGGUCCCUCCUCCUUUGGAAGAUGACCGAGUUGGGAUUCAGAAGCGGUCCACGGGCCAGGCUACUUUCCAGCAACUGAUUGACCACGAUCACCCGGAACUUGGAACAUUCUCCCAACAAUUCUGGUGGAGUGAUGAGUUCUACGCGGGUCCCGGGUCGCCGGUUGUCUUCUUCACUCCCGGAGAGGCAGCAGCCGCGCCGUACACAGGAUACCUCACCAACAGGACGAUCACAGGACUAUUUGCGCAAGCCAUUGGGGGUGCGGUCGUGAUCAUGGAGCAUAGAUACUACGGAACCUCCUCUCCGUAUACAGUGCUCACCUCCGCCAACCUGUCUCUCCUUAACCUACCACAGUCAAUUGCCGACACAACAUACUUCGCAAACAAUGUCCAGCUGCCGUUUGACACGAAUGGCUCCAGCAAUGCCGGCAGCGCUCCGUGGGUCUUCUCUGGUGGCAGCUAUAGCGGUGCACUUUCGGCCUGGGUUGAAUCAGUUGAUCCGGGUACUUUCUGGGCAUACCACGCUUCCAGCGCUGUGGUGGAGGCUGUUGGCGAUUUCUGGGAAUAUUUCCACCCAGUCCAGCUGGGCAUGCCCAAGAACUGUAGUACCGAUGUAUCCAAGGUUAUCAACUAUGUCGAUAAGAUCCUGAAGGGUGAUGAUGCAGCGGCAAAACAGAGUCUCAAGGAGAAGUUUGGCCUGGGUGGUAUCGUGCAUGAUGACGAUUUUGCUAGUGCACUCGAAAACGGCCCCUGGAACUGGCAAGGAAACUCAUUCACCAGCGGAUAUUCCGGUUUCUACCAAUGGUGCGACUAUGUUGAGAAUGCAGGCCCAGCUUUCCCGAACAACACUGUCCCUGGGGAAGAAGGUGUUGGCUUAUGCAAAGCCCUGAACGGAUAUGCCAAGUGGACAAAAGAGAUCAUGCUUCCCGGCUAUUGUGCCGGCUAUGGUUAUGAUGAAUGGACGGACGAUCUUGAGGUUGGGUGCUUCGACACCUACAACGCUUCUAGCCCAAUCUUCACCGACAUCAGGCUUGAUAACAAUGUGAACCGACAGUGGAACUGGUUCCUCUGCAAUGAACCCUUCAAAUACUGGCAGAAUGGCGCGCCUGCCGAUCGCCCCAGCAUUGUUUCCCGCCUUGUCAAUAACGCGUACUGGGAGAGACAAUGCAGCCUCUUCUUCCCCGAAGACACCUACGGCAUCGCCCAAGGCAAGGAUGUCGACGACGUUAACGCGUAUACCGGCGGGUGGUUCCACACAAACACGACACGCCUGAUCUGGACUAAUGGUCAAUUUGACCCCUGGCUUGACGCAACGGUCUCGUCCAGUUUCCGACCAGGCGGGCCGUUUGAAGGCACUCCUGAGGCCCCGGUCCAGGUGAUUCCGAAGGGCAUUCAUUGUAGCGAUCUGCUUGCUCGCAACGGCGCAGCAAAUGCAGGUGUGCAACAGGUCAUUGAUAAUGAGAUAGCUGUCAUCAAGGGUUGGGUAGAUGAAUAUUAUGACUUGAAAGGGAGGCGGAAGCUUGGAGAUCACCAAUACAGUCAUGGCUACUUCUGUGGCUGA